CAGCUUUUCUCUGUGGAGGAAGUUAAUGGUUUAAGUGAGGGGCGUCUGGAUCUGGUCCCCGAGUCACCAUGACACUCCUGGGGUCUGAGCACUCCUUGCUGAUUCGGAGCAAGUUCAGAUCAGUUUUACAGCUACGGCUCCAGCAGAGAAGGACCCGUGAGCAGCUGGCUGACCAAGGCAUCAUGCCACCACUGAAAAGCCCAUCUGCAUUCCAUGAACAGCGAAAAAGUCUGGAGCGAGCCAAGACUGAAGAUUAUCUCAAGCACAAGAUCAGAAGUAGGCCUGAGCGAUCAGACCUGGUCAAUAUGCACAUUUUACAAGACUCAGCUGCAGAGGGGUCCAUUCAGUCUACUCAAAUGAAGCUGAAAAGAGCCCGACUGGCAGAUGAUCUCAAUGAAAAGAUUGCUCUCAGGCCGGGUCCUUUGGAGCUGGUGGAGAAGAAUAUUAUUCCUGUCGACUCAGCUGUGAAAGAGGCCAUAAAAGGCACCCAGGUCAGCUUCCCCAAGUCGGCUGAUGCCUUCGCCUUCGAGGAGGACAGCAGUAACGACGGGCUGUCCCCGGAGCAGGCCAGGAGCGAGGACUCCCCGGGCUCCACCGAGCUGGCCCCCAAGCCCCCGGACCCAGCCCCCCCCGCCCCUGCCGGGGUGCCCCAGGAUCAACCCCACAGCGCCGACAGCCAUGCACCAGACCCAGCCUCGGCACAGAGCAGCCAGUGUGACAGCCCCAAGCAGACAGCGGGGCAGGAGAGCCCAACCCUCCCAGUGCCCUCUGCCGUGAAGUCCAAAUCAUCCAGUGAUAGCAAGAACCGUCACAAAAAGCCCAAGGACACCAAGCCCAAGGUGAAGAAGCUGAAGUAUCACCAGUACAUCCCUCCAGACCAGAAGGCAGAGAAGUCCCCUCCACCCAUGGAUUCUGCAUAUGCCAGACUCCUCCAACAGCAGCAGCUCUUUCUGCAGCUCCAGAUCCUCAGCCAGCAGCAGCAACAGCAACAGCAGCAGCAGCAGCAGCACUUCAGCUACCCAGGGAUGAACCAAGGCCAGAUAAAGCAACCAAAUGAGCAAAUGGUCAAAAGUUCAAAUUCUUCAUCAACUCCUGUCAACAACACGCCUCUUUCUCCUGUGAAAACCAGCUUUUCAGGCCAGACUUGUGUCUCAUCUAUCAAGCCAGGCCCUCUGCCAUCUAACCUGGAUGAUCUGAAAGUGUCAGAACUGAGACAGCAGCUCCGAAUACGAGGCUUGCCUGUGUCGGGUACCAAAACAGCACUGAUGGAACGGCUGCGGCCCUUCCAGGAGUGUGGCAGCAAUGUGGUGCCAAACUUCAGCGAGAUCACCACCGUCACCUUCCCAGUCACUCCAACAAGCACCCUGUCGAGUUACCAGUCACAGUCCUCCACCAGCAUGUUAUCAAAUGGCUUCUACCACUUUGGCAGCACCAGCUCCACCCCACCCAUCUCUCCAGCCUCCUCUGAUCUCUCUGUGAGCGGCUCUUUGCCAGACACAUUCAACGACGGGCCCAUUUCUUCUCCACAGUUUGGUCUCCAGCCAUCUCCGGUUCACGGCAGUGCUGAAGAAAGCCUCAUGAGCAGCAUGAAUGGAGGGAGCAUCCAGCUGGAGCUGGAAGGGAUUGACACAGAGAAAGACAAGAUGCUGGUGGAGAAGCAGAAGGUCAUCAAUGAACUGACGUGGAAGCUGCAGCAAGAGCAGAGGCAGGUGGAAGAGCUACGGAUGCAGCUCCAGAAGCGAAAGAGAAGCAAUGGCCUUGAGGAGAAGCAGCAGCCUGCUCAGCAUUUCUUUGGUAUCCCCAUCAAGCAAGAAAAUGCAGUGUCCAGCUGUCCAUUUGCAUCCAAACAAACUGCCUUGAAAGGCCAAGCCAGCAGUUCAGAUAAGUUAAGUAACGGUGGGGUGCCACAGCUCCCUCACAUUGUAAAUAGCCACUGCUUGGAGCCUGCAGGGCAAAGCACCAUCACCUCCUCGACAUUCCUGAGCCCGCAGUGCUCCCCCCAGCACUCUCCACUCGGGGCUGCAAAAAGUCCCCAGCACAUCAGCCUGCCGCCGUCCCCCAACAGCCACUAUCUCCUCUCGGUGUCCCCUGGUUCACAGGCAGAAGGGCGCAGCGGGGCCCCACAGACCAACAGUUGCCUUCGCACAGCAUCGCAGAUGACACGAAGUCAGCAGAUGGACGAGCUCCUGGACGUACUGAUUGAGAGUGGAGAAAUGCCAGCCAAUGCCAAGGAAGAUCGGUCCUGCCUCCAGAAAGUACCUCAGAUAACGGUAUCUCCAGGGAACUCCGGUGCUUCACUCCCAAAGUCAUCUGCCCCAUUCGAGCAGAUCUCCUCUGCCCAGCUCUCCUUUGAGCAUUGUCCGGGCAGCAGUGAUGCUCCUCUGCUGAAUGCCCACAGCCCCCUUGGGAGGGUCAGUGAAAUUGCCCUGCUGAAAAUGGGGGGAGAAGAGUCCCACUUCGAAGGGAUGAUGGAAGGAUUCUCCGGCAAAGCCACAGAUGAACUGCUCACCUCCCAGGAGAUUUUACAGACUCCCCUCUCGCCCAUGGAAACCCAGCUCUCCCCUUCCCCUGCCGAUGGCUCCAGUUUACAAAUGAGUUUCACUGAGUCUCCGUGGGAAACGAUGGAGUGGCUGGACCUCACUCCCCCCAGCUCUGCCACUGGCUUUGGCUCGCUCACCCCCGUGGGUCCCAGCAUCUUCAACAUUGAUUUCUUAGAUGUUACCGAUCUCAAUCUAAACACCAGCAUGGACCUGCACCUGCAGCAGUGGUGAAAGGGAGGGUGGUGGAGGCAGGAUGCUGUAAACCUGCGUCAGCCAGCACAGUGUUUCUGUCAUGCCGGAGAACAUGCAGGGCUAACGUG